AUGGCGAGCGCGGCAGUUGCCGAUCGUCUCAGCUUCUCUCAAUUAUGCAUUUCCCAAGCUCGCCACUCUCCGCAUCGCACGCGACAGCCCCCGUCUCGCCGACAGCCACCGACGAUGGCGCCAGACGCGAUCCCCAAUGCCGACCAGGAACCGCUGUCGCUGGAUCGCUUGAUCGCCCAAACGAAAUCAUCUCCAUCCACAGACCUCCUCCCCGCUGAACUCGCCUACCUGAUCACCGCUUUCUUGCCAACUGAAGACUUCGACGUCCGUUCCAAAGCGUAUCUCCUACUCUCUUCUUUCUGUCAGAGCGCCAGGGCGUCAGCAUCAGGCAAUGCGGGGAAAGAUAAACUAUUGCGCGUCUUCAGCCCUCCCAUUCUGUCCAAGCUCGGUGAUCCAGGAGAAAAGGAGUUCCUUGCUGGCGUCUGCUUCAUGACAGCAUUCUUCCAAGUGGAAUGGGAGACGGCUGCGACCGUCUUUACCAGCGACGGCUUGGUCGAAUCUAUCCUAGAUCAAGCUGAAACCUCUCCGCCUUCGUCACUGCCUCAUGUCGCACGGAUGUUCGCCCAAGCUGCUGGUCAUAAACCGUGUCGCACCUCUUUCACAUCUCUGACGGUAGAAUGGCUCGAAAUAUCCGCCCGACAAACUACGAUCAUUGCCUUGCGUGCUGCUGCUGGGCUCGCUUUAGUCAAAUUGUCGCGUAACACUGGUCCAGACGGUUUGGACGCCCAAUCUUUCGCCCAAGUGUCUGACAAAGAUGCCGAAUGCUUCAAAUUUAUGAAAGAGAUCGUUAUCUCUUCAAAAGAUACCUCUUCUGUAGCUGACGCUGUCGAAGGGCUGGCCUAUCUCAGCGUAAAUCCGGAUUUCAAGGAAGAAAUUAUUGCCAAUCCCAAUUUAUUAUCUCGUCUAUUUGCUCUAGUCCCCCGCAAGGAAUCUCUCAAAAACGAUACACUUCCUGACCAGGCCACAACGGUUUAUGGCAUACUUGUCAUCAUCUCUCAGUUAUGCGCCUACCGCCCACAAAUGUCUGAAGAGCAGACGCAGAUAGAGAAACUGAAGAAAAUGGCUAGAGCUGAGAAGAAAGCGGAGUCAAAGGAGCCGUCCCCUUACGACCAAAGCGAGUACGUGACUAAACGAAUAAGGCGUUUAGUAGGAGCGGGAGUGUUGGAAGUCUUGGUCGCCGCAUCGGUGGCUAGGUUGGAUAGCGUUGGGGUUCGCGUGACUGUGGGGAAAGCCCUUCUGAACAUCAUAGAAACAAAAGAGCAUAGAGGGAAAGUUCUACAGGCCGGCGGUGCCAAAGCUCUGUUUCAAAUGAUCAAGCGUGGUCUCAACGACCAGCCCCUAGAUGCCAUGUAUCUCGACUCUAUCCGAGCCCUAGCAAAGCUUGCAAUAACAGCUUCCCCCAUCCAGGUCUUUGGGCCGAAUGAAUCCCUCAUGUACGAUGCAAUACGACCGUUCUCUACUCUGUUAACACACUCAUCAUCCAACCUCCUUCAACGUUUUGAAGCCUUGAUGGCCUUAACGAAUCUCGCGUCGCAGAGUCCCGAGCUUUGCAAGCGCAUUGCUAAUGUGGAGGGGUUAGUUGGAAAAGUAGAGCUCAUGAUGUUGGACGACAAUACUCUUGUUCGCCGCGCCGCCGUCGAACUACUAUGCAACCUCAUAGUCGGUUCGGACGAAAUAUUCGAACGGUAUGGUGGCGCUUCAAGUUCUCCCAGCGCAAGGUCGAGAUUAGAGAUCCUCGUGGCGUUGUCAGAUGUCGAGGACGAGCGUACGAGAGUGGCUGCCUCCGGCGCUCUGGCUACUCUGACACUCUCAGAGCAUGUCGGCAACAUGCUUGCAGAACUUCAGUUGGAGAAGCAUAAGGCCUUUGGGAUACUUGGCCAAUUGAUUGAUCCAACGGAGGACACGGGUUCAGUUGAGGAUAAUCCAGGAUUGAUGCAUCGCGGCGUUGUGUGCGUGCGGAAUAUCAUCGUAGGGGCUACAGAUUUAGAGAGGCGAGAAGCGUUGAUUACUGAGGCUCAUGUUUCGGGGUUGACCAGGUCACUGGAGAAAGUAGCGGCGAAGGCACCACAGGAAGUGCUGCGGCCUCUGCUUGAGACGUUAACCAUUCUACGGAAACAAUGA